AUGACGGAGAUCUACGACCUCGUUGUGGAGAGGUACAAGGCCGGAAACCGCCCAGUGGACCUCAUGAAGGAAUUGAAGAACCUGAAGGUCACCCCAAACAUGGCCCAGGGGUGUGAAAAAGAGGACCAUCCGCACGCCAGAGAUAAUCAAGAGCAGCGGAACAAGAUUGCCUUCAACCCACACAGGUCCUUCAGGAAGAUGGCCAAGGAGGCCGUCAUUGAUCCCAAGACAGUGUGGGACAUCUUGCAUGAGGAUCUGGGUACAAAGUCCUACUCCAUACAAAAGCGGCAGCUCCUGACUGAUGUCCAGAAGCAGAAGAGGCUGGAUUGUUCCCGAAAGCUACUGAGCAGGCUGAAAAAAGGGUAUCUUAGCAAGUUCGUGCUCACAGACGAGAAACUGCUCAUAGUUGAAGCUGUCCAGAAUCUCAGGAACAACAGGGUGGUGGCCAAGAACAUCAAGGCCAUCCCUGGAAAUGAAAAAUUCCACCUGAAGGGAAAGCACCCUGCCGGAAUCAUGGUCUGGGCCGAGAUCAGCACGUCCAGGAAGACCUCCCUUGUGUUCAUCCCACCUGGCGUCAAGAUACGUAUGAAGGAGUUUGGAGACCAUACGAGCAGUGAGACACAGGUUUUCCUUCGAGACGUCUUCAAAGCUGAGUGGGAAACAAUGCUGGGUAAUUCGGAGAAUUGUGGACUAGCAGUUCGCCUUUUGAAAUCAGGGAUUCUCACGCAAAGAGACUUCGAUGAGAUCAUGGUACCAAGGAAACAGAAUGACCGGAAUAUCAUUCUCUUCAUGAAGUUACCUGCUAGAGUCACUUCAGAUAACUUUCAAGACUUCCUCAAAGUGUUGGAAAACGCAGGACAAAAUGAUAUUUGCGGAAAACUUCUUGCACAAUCGAGCAGUGAGACACAGGUUUUCCUUCGAGACGUCUUCAAAGCUGAGUGGGAAACAAUGCUGGGUAAUUCAGAGAAUUGUGGACUAGCAGUUCGCCUUUUGAAAUCAGGGAUUCUCACGCAAAGAGACUUCGAUGAGAUCAUGGUACCAAGGAAACAGAAUGACCGGAAUAUCAUUCUCUUCAUGAAGUUACCUGCUAGAGUCACUUCAGAUAACUUUCAAGACUUCCUCAAAGUGUUGGAAAACGCAGGACAAAAUGAUAUUUGCGGAAAACUUCUUGCACAAUAA